AUACAAGGAGAAGAAGCGAGGGUCAUACACACAACUUCUCUUUCUUCUUUCUUUCUCUCUCCCCCUCGCCAUUUUCACCUUCCUUUCCCAACCAUUUAUUAGAUUCCUCACCAUGACUCUUUUCUUUUUCUUCUCCCAUUUCAUUAUUAUUCAAAACUUCAUAUGAAACACCCACAACCCAUCUAAUUAUCCCUUCAACAUCUUUACUUUUUCCAAUAAUCUUGCUCAACUUUUCAUGGGUUUCACACAAGUUUAACCCUUUUUUGUUCUAAGUUUUGUUUUGGGGAUUUCUUCAAAUCUUUCUUUGAAAGUUUUCAAUACCCAGUUGAAUCUUGUUGAUAAUAUUUCUGGGUUUUUAAUUUUGUAAAAAAAUGAAGUUUCUUUACAGAGAGUUUUUCAUUUUCUUUUAAUUUGGAUUUAAUUUGAUUUUUUUUUAUAAUUUUAAGAGAAAAUAUCUGUUCAGAGAUGGGAAAGCAAGGACCUUGCUGUCACUGUGGUGUUACAAGCACUCCCUUAUGGCGAAACGGGCCGCCUGAUAAGCCCGUAUUGUGCAACGCGUGCGGUUCGCGUUGGAGAACGAAAGGAUCACUUUUAAACUACACCCCACUUCAUGCUCGAGCCGAGCCCGAUGAUUUCGAGGAUCAUCGGGUUUCGAGAGUGAAAACCGUAUCCAUUAAGAACAAAGAGGCGAAAUUACUAAAAAGAAAACAGAAUUACGACAAUGUAGCAGGCGGAACCGCUAGCAUUAUGCUUGGUGGUGGCGCUGGUGGUUUCGGUGGCGGUGGGUUCGCGUAUGACCACCAUAACCCGGGUUUUCGCAAAGGGUUUGAUGAAGAUACUAGCAACCGAUCGAGUUCGGGCUCCGCUAUGUCUAAUUCUGAUGGGUAUAUGCACAUUGGCAGUGCCGAUGUUAGCGAUUUGACAGGUCCAGCGCAAUCAUCAGUCGUAUGGGAUACAAUCGUACCUUCAAGAAAACGAACAUGUUCCAACCGACUAAAACAAUCACAAUCAUCCGUCGAGAAACUUACGAAAGAUCUACACACCAUUUUACAUGAACAACGAUCUUACUUUUCGGGUUCAUCGGAAGAAGAUUUGAUCUUCGACAGCGACACACCAAUGGUUUCGGUCGAAAUCGGGCACGGGAGUGUUCUUAUUCGCCAUCCAAACUCGGCGGCUCGUGAAGAGGAAUCUGAAGCAAGUUCUCUUUCUGUCGAUACGAAAAACGAGGCUUAUUCACGUUUCACUACCCUUCCUGUAUAUAAUGCUAAUCUGGGUGGAAAUUUCUCGAGCCGGCCCAAAAAGCCCGUGAAUCAAGAUCACAUGAACAAGGAUAAUGACGACAAAUUACAGUUGCUCAUGAACCGUAAAUCUCCACUGUGCCACAUAGAUCUCAAAGAUGUUAUCAACUUUGAAGAGUUUCGAAGUCAUAUGACAAAUGACGAACAACAACAAUUGCUCAAAUAUUUAGCUCCUGUUGACACUGUUCAAAUUCCCGAUAGCCUCAAAAGCAUGUUUGAUAGCCCUCAGUUUAAGGAGAACCUAUCAUCCUUCCAGAAACUUCUUUCUGAAGGGAUCUUUGACUUCUCUUUACCGAUGGGGAAAACCGAAGGCUGUAAAACAUUGAAGAAGCUUGCUCUUUGUAGUCCUACAAAAUCCGAUUGGGUGGAGAAAUAUAAUCAGCUUCAGGGUACACCACGUAAAUAUGAUACCGGAGGGGGGUCUGUAGCUGGUGGAGCAAGUAAUGCUGUGACACCUGGACAUUCUGUAAAUGUAAAGAGACCCCGCGAUGCUCAAUUUCAACCAUAUUCAGGACCAAAGACUGCAAUGAAGAGCCCGAAAAGACCAACAAUGAAGGGGAGCUACGAACACAAAGACGCUAUGGACAAUGACGGCCCAGGAUUCAGCCCAAGAAGCCUGUUCGCGUUACCACCUGAUCAUAGCCUCCUAAUGCUCGAUUCUCUAAAAAACGCAGAGGAAAGUGGCGAUCAAGAUCUCUUGCUAGACGUGCCGUCGAACACUUCAUUCCCUCAAGCGGAAUUACUGCUACCAAGUUCAAGUUUUGCGGCAGCAGCCCAAGCAAGCACUAGUAGUAGCUCGAUAUAUCAAAAUUUUGUGGGCCCGUGACACAAACUAGUCGAAGUCUAUGUUUCUAGAGUUUAUGUAGUUGACUUUUCUCUACUAUCAUAACCAAUGCCGAACCGUUGUAAACUUUGUAGCCUCAGUGUACCGAAUACCUUGCUACCGUGGCUUUGUUGGUUACAUGUGCACAUGAUGGAUGUUUUAUGGUUUGGGUUCAUUAUGUUUUGUUUUGCAUCCCAAACAUUUAGUUUGCAUACUAAGGUUUGAUGGUUGCUUUUUUGGGUUC